AUGAAGUACUUCACUGCCGUCACCUGCGCCCUCAUAGCCUCGUUCCAUCUCGCCGGCGCCGCUCCAGCUCCCCAGCCCGAGGCUGCCGUGGAGGCCGCCGCCGCCGGUACCUCGGUCUCGGUCUCGUAUGAUCCCAAAUUUGACGUCAAGGGCUCUUCACUCAAUACGGUCGCCUGCUCGGACGGUGCCAAUGGCCUCGUGACCAAAGGAUACAGCACGUUCGGCUCGCUGCCCUCGUUCCCCCGUAUUGGUGGCGCCCCAACCAUUGCGGGAUGGAACAGUGCCAACUGUGGCAAAUGCUACUCGCUCAGCUACAAGGGCAAGAGCAUCAAGGUGCUCGCCAUUGAUGCCGCUCCCGGUGGCUUCAAUAUUGGCGUCGAGGCCAUGAACCUCCUCACCAACAACCAGGCCGUGCAGCUGGGCCGAGUCACAGCGACCUAUACCCCGCUUGCUGCCAGUGCAUGCGGGCUGUAG